AUGGGGUGGUUCCUGAUUGAGCGAAUGGCUAGGAUGCUGUACUUGGUCCACCCGAGCAGGUCAACCUUCAGGCAUAUUGAAGAAGUCCCCGAAUACGUUCAAGAGGCCGUUCCACUGGUCGUAACGAUUGUCUUUGCGGAGGUGAUAGCGCGCUACCUGAUGGGCCGCCCUGCCAGAGUCAACCAAGUUUUCUCGUCGUUUGGAAUUGGCAUCCUUCACGAGUCUGCAGGAUUAGUGACUGCAUCGUUUGGUAUGGCAAGCUACCAGAUGCUCUACCAGUACCGCCUGUGGGAACUACCCUGGGACUCGCCUUAUACCUGGUUUGGCGCCUUCAUAUUCGUUGACUUCUGCUACUAUUGGAUCCACAGAGCUAACCAUGAACUGAAUGUCCUUUGGGCAAUACAUCAGGUCCACCACUCUUCUGAAGACUUCGACUUUGCCACGGCGACACGCAUAUCAAUGUUCCAGCGACCCGCCAAUAUGUGUUGCUACCAACCUCUGGCUCUACUAGGAUUUCCGCUACCCUCGGUUGUUGUCCACAUUGCUUUAAAUUAUGUGUUCCAGAUCUGGGUGCAUACAGAGUACAUUGGCAGCCUCGGACCAAUAGGCUGGAUUUUCAUGACACCUUCCCAUCACCGCGUCCAUCAUGGAGCUAACAAGUGGUGCCUGGAUAAAAACUACGCCAGUGUGUUGAUCAUCUGGGAUCGCAUCUUUGGCACCUUUGAGGGAGAGAGAGACCAGGAGGAGAUAGUCUACGGCUUGACACAGCAGCCCCAGACCCAUAACGUUCUCUGGCAUCAGUUCUUCUACUUCGCUGAAGUUUACCGGAAGGCAAGAAGCAUGAGCAGUUGGGGAGACUCACUGAGGUCUGUGUUCUACGGCCCCGGCUGGGCCCCGGGGACGCCUCGUCUAGGGGACCCUCUCACCUUCACCGACGUCCAGGCUCCCAGGCCCAAGUACGACCCCCAACUGCCACUGUGGCAAUUUAUGUAUGUCUCCACUCACAUGGCGCUGUCGUUCAUCGCUCAACAGCUGAUGUGCUUCAACUUCCAGAUAUUAUCCUUGGAGGCGGUUGUGACGUGCCAGAUCUUCAUAUUCGUGACAGUGGGUGUGAUGUCAGCCAUGUAUGAUGGGUGGUUGUGGGCGCCAGUGGUAGAGGCUGUGCGCUGUGCUGCUGUGAUAGCCUACUCCUCCACCACAUCCAUUACUGCCAUCCCAGAUGUGGACACUGCCCUCUUGCUCUACUUUACUGCUUCCUUUACCCUCUGGAUCUCAAAAGCACUAACCAUAGUCCUAGGCACUAACCUAACCAAUAAGACCAUGCAGAACAUACCGAAAUUAUAAAAUCUCGAAUUAGGAGCCUUUCCAUGCAGAUCGAAAUGAUUUCCAUACAAAUCGAAAUGCUAAAUUGUUCUUGUAUUCUCUUUAAUGAAUCUACAAUAUCAAACUGGUACCAUUCAAAUUUUGCCUUCAUUAUCUCACAUUUGCUGAUAACAGUAGUUUUGUACCUGAAUGGAAUACAGGCAAUUUAAUUCUUUCACACAAUUCCACAUUCGAUAGUAAUAAUUCAGAACAGAAGUUGUAAUUGCGAAUUCAAAUUAUAUAAUGCAUUUACUGUCUGAAUUAGUACUUAAUUGUCUAGGAAAUUUCAUAAACACCCUAAGUUUGAAUGGUCAUCUGCCGGUUA